AUGGUCAGUUAUUUUCGCCGGAUUUUUGCCACUUUGGCUGUAAAAUUCAUUCGGCCGGUUGCUGACUGGACAGGAUCAGAGUUGGAACCGGUUAAGAAAUGUUUAGUACGUCAAUAUUUUGAUAAAGAAAUAAAUGUACAUAAAAAAACAGGUCAUUUACCAUCAACAUUUUAUUUGAAUGAUGUUAAAUAUUACGAAAUACUAUCUCGAAUUCGUAGUAAAUCUGAUCGUCUUUCGUAUCUUCGUUCUUUAAUAUCAAUUAUUAAUAUUCCGCCAUCAUUUCCAAUACCACAUGAUACUGGUGGUAUUCAUAGUGGUUUUUUAUGUCCAUAUCGUAUUCUUCGUCAAUCUGAUCUAGUCGAUAUAUCAGCAUGGAAUUAUAUUAAAGCUCAAAGACUUAAUGAAAAUCUUCUAUUUAAUUGUUCUGGAAUAUCUAGUCUUCCAUUAGCACAAUUAAUUAUUGAUAUGAGAUCAAAAUUUAAUUUAUUAAAUGAUCCAUGGUGGCCCAUAUUAAUUGGUAUAUCAAAUGAUAUGCAUCAGGAAAUAAUUGAUGUAUUAAAAACAAAAUAUCAAUUACAUGGUGCACAUUUAUAUACAUGGGAAACAAGAGAAGAUGUAUUAAAUAGAAAAGAUUUAACAUUAAUUUGUGCUAAUCAUGGCGAAACAAUCUAUGAAGUUGAUUCAAAUAUGAAUUAUAUUGUUCAAAUUGAUGCUGAUCAACGAUUAUGUUGUUUAGGAAAUGUAACAAAUGAAAGUAAAAAAUUAUAUAAAAAUAUUGUUAAAGUUGAAUCAAGAACAAAAAGUUUUAAUGUAUCCAAAAGAAUUCUAACAUCUGAUCUAUUUACAAUAUUAGCUUCAUUAAAAAUAAAAGGUUUAUUUUAUAAGAAAGUGUUAAAAGAGGAUGAUGAUGAAAAUUAUAAUAUAAAACGAAAAGCUCGUAGUGGUUUAAUAUCUAAUUAA